AUGGUUAACGUCCCCAAGCGUCUCGUUUUGUUGGCGGUACUUCUCUCCGCAGCCGCCACCGUCACCGAUGGAGUCGAGUAUUUUGAAACGUUGCUGGUGUUUCCCACCCGCCAUGUACAUGGCCUAUCCUGCAAUGGAAACAUCCGCGCGAUUCCCGAGAUCGAAUUUCAGGGGUUAUGUCUUGCUGACGGUCCAGUCUCCGUAAGCAUUACCGACUUGUCUACCGUCUUCUCGGCCGGUUUGACUGCUGCCGCGACGUGGGAUCGCAGCCUUAUGCAUGAACGUGGAAGAGCGAUUCGCGCCGAGUUUCGCGGCAAGGGUGCAUCCGUACAUCUCGGCUUUUUCCCUGACCCGUACUUGUCCGGCGUGGCAAUGUCCUACUCCAUCAAAGGCAUACAGGAGAUGGGCAUUCAGGCAUCCCCCAAGCAUCUCAUUGGCAAGGGGCAAGAGACCUACAACAGGGUCAAUCUGACGGCGGCUGUUCUGAAUGGCACUGUGAGCGAGGCCAAGGUUGACGACAUAGCCCGCCGUGUGCCCGCACCCUACCUCUUCCUCCGGCGGGAUCAAGAAUUCCCCACGAUCGAUCCUUCCACUGGCUAUGUUUUUGCAAGGACCUACGACUAUCCAGUGGAAGACCUCUCUCUCGCGGGAAUGGACCCGAACUGCCCGCCUCCCGCUCGAAACAGUGUCAACCACGCCGAGGUUGUGAGGAAAGUUGCCGCAGCCGGAACGGUCCUUUUGAAGAACACCAAUAGCGUGCUGGCCCCUGAGUCGUCCCGGGGACUGACUUUUACUGGCGACGGGAGCGGACCUUGGGGACCCAACAUCGGCGCUCUGUCCGUGGGCGGAGGUUCACAACUCCUGGCGAUUCGGGAGGGGCUCUUGGAUAAAGCCAUGAUGGGUACAGACGACUUUAGUUCCAUCUAUCUCACCGCCGAUGGCUGUCUGGUGUUCCUCAAAACGUGGGCGCGGGAGGGCAUCGACUGCUCGUCCUUUGAGAAUGACUGGCAUUCCACUACGGUCGUGGAAAACGUGGCCCGCCGCUGUGCCAACACGAUUGUCGUGACGCAUUCGGGAGACGUCAACACCAUGCCUUGGGCAGACCACACUAAUGUCGCCGCCAUCCUUGCCGCACACUAUCCCGGUCAGGAAAACGGUUACUCCAUCUCGGACGUGCUCUUUGGCGAUGCCACAGACUCGGCCGCCUGGCAGGCCGAUUUUACCGAGAGUCAACUUAUCGACUACCGCCACUUCGAUGCGAAGAACAUCACACCGCUGUACGAGUUCGGUUUCGGCAUGAGCUACACCACGUUCGAGCUGGUGAAGGAGGCCAAUCUGCACAAGAAAUCCUCCAACCUCUCUCCAUUUUCGCCACCGCCGACAAACGGCGCCCACGUCGGCGGUCACCCCGCCCACUGGAGAUACGUCGCCACCAUUAGCGCCGUCGUUAAGAACAUGGGUGACGUUCCUGGAGCGCAGAUCGUCCAGCUUUACGUCGCAUUUCCCCAAGACUACGUUCCCAGCGGCACCCAGGUCAAGGCUCUCCGCGGAUUUGAAAAGGUGGAGCUGGAGCCCGGAGAAGCAAAGAGGGUGAAGCUUCCUCGUUGGCGCCGCGAUGUCAGCUACUGGAAUGUUGGUUCGCAGGAUUGGGAAAUCCCAAAGGGCGAGAUGCAGUUUCAUUUGGGCUUUGACUCACGGGAUAUCAAGGCUACUAUAACCUCUGCACUACUUGGUUGUCGUUGCAGGCUUAGACGGGUCUUGUAA